AUGUUGGGCCUAGGCAAGAAGAAGGAGAAGAAGGAGGCGACGCCUGCCAAGGAGGUAAAGAAGGAGAAGAAGGAGAAAAAAGUGAAGAAGGAGAAGAAGAGCAAGAGCAGCAGCAAGAGUGCUGACAAGGCGGCGCCCGCCAAGAAGGUGAGGGAUCCUACGGGCAAGGUCUUCCUGCCAGCUCUCAAGGAAUGGCUGGCGUCAUCCAAGAAUUCCGAACAAAUCGAGUACGUCAAGACCGAUGAGGAAGAUCACAGGUUCCACUUUACCAUCGGCGAUGAGAAGCUCAACUUUGAGCUCACCUUCCCCGUCGAGCCCGAGGACGUCUGGUGCGUGUCAUCUGACGACCUCUCCGAGGACUGGGUCAACAACACGCUCGAGUUCGUGAUGGAGUCCAAGAGCGUGGGCGAGGCGUUGAUGUUCUGUACGCAGCAGUACUCUGCGCUCAGUGACGAGGAGCUGUCGGACGGCGACGAGGACGACGAUGAAGGCGAGGAGGAGGAAGACGAAGACGACGGCUUCGACGACGAGUGCUUCAGCAAGGUCGAGAAGGGUCCCAAGAAGUCCUACACGCCCGAGCCGCAGAUCGACACCAGCAAGUUCAUCAUCCCCGCCGGCUACGAGCCCGGUGGUGUUCAGGCCAUCGUCCAGCAGUACCGCGACAUCCUCAAGACCAGCCGCGAGGAGAGGGGAUAUGACGCUGCGCCGCUCAACGACAACAUCGCGCAGUGGGAGGUGAAGCUGUUCAGCAUCCCCAAGGACGAGCCGCUUUACCAGGACAUGAAGCAACUCGGCCUGGAGCACAUCACGCUGCACGUGACCUUCCCGCCGAACUUCCCCUUCAGCCCGCCCUUCAUCAGGGUGGUGCGACCCCGCUUCGCCUUCCGUACCGGCCACGUCACCCUCGGCGGGUCCAUCUGUACCCUCAUGCUCACCAACGACGGCUGGAUCGCGACCUACCGCCUGGAUCAAGUGAUGGUGGACAUUGCGGCCAUGCUGGGUUCGGGAGGCGGCAGGCUCGAUCUCUCCAAUCGAUCGGACUACACCGAGGAGGAGGCCAUGGUGGCCUUCAGGCGCAUGCUCGACACGCACGGCUGGAAGCACUGGAAGCACUAA